AUGCGUUUCCAAUUCGUCCCCCUUCUCGCUGCUGCGGCCACCGUCUCCGCCAGCCCCAUCGAGGUUGAGCCUCGUGCCGCUCAGUGCAGCUCUUACACCAUCAUCAACACCCGAGGAACUGGCGAGAUUCAGGGCCCAUCAUCUGGCUUCCGAACCAUGAACUCUCGAAUCACAUCCCAAGUUUCCGGCGGAAAGAUCUACAACACCGUCUACCCUGCCGACUUCAGCCAGAACUCCGCCUCAGGAACUCGCGACAUCGUCCGAAAGGUCAACAGCGUCGUCUCCUCCAACCCUAGCGAAUGCGUCAUCCUUGAGGGCUACUCUCAGGGUGCUGCUGCCACCGUCAACGCCCUUUCUCAACUGACUGGAAGCUCCAAGGAUGCUGUCAAGGGUGUCUUCCUUAUCGGUAACCCCAUGCGCAAGAGGGGUCUGGAGUGCAACGUUGAUAACCGAGGUGGUGAUACUACUAAGAAUGUCCAAGGACUGUCUGCUUUCGGAAGCAAUGGCAUUCCCCAAGACUGGGUCUCCAAGACUCUUGAUGUCUGUAUCUAUGGUGAUGGUGUUUGUGACACCACACAUGGUGCCGGCAUUAACGGACCCCAUCUGCAAUACCCUCGCGAUUCAUCUACCCAGGAUCUCGGUACAAAGUUCGUUGUCAAGCAGCUGACUGGUUCCAACUAG